AUGAUCACGGCCGAUGCCAUGAUGCCAUCUCUGCUGCCAUCAGUGAGGAAUGUGGGUACAAGUUCAGUUUUGUUCUUUCUGUUCUGUAAAAGGGUAUCUGAAGAAUUUUUACAAAUUUUAUCUUGGAAAUUAGCUUAUUCAUUAUGUUUAAUUUUAGGAAAUGGUGCUCUUGCAGAACAUUCUGAAAAUGUGCAUAUUUCAGGAGUGUCAACGGCCUGUGGAGAUUUUCCAGAACAAAUUAGAUCACCGAGUGGGACAAUCACGAGUCCAGGGUGGCCCUCGGAAUAUCCCGCACGAAUCAACUGCAGCUGGUACAUCCAUGCAAACCCCGGGGAGAUCAUAACUAUAAGCUUUCAAGAUUUUGAUGUUCAGGGGUCACGGAGAUGCAGCUCAGAUUGGCUGACGAUUGGAAGCUACAAGAAUACUGAAGGCUACAGAGCGUGUGGUUCCUCUAUUCCCUCACCGUACAUCUCUUCACAGGAUCAUGUUUGGAUCAGGUUUCACUCAGAUGAUAGCAUCUCUCGAAAAGGCUUCAGAUUAGCCUACUUUGCUGGAAAAUCGGAUGAACCCAAUUGUGAUUGUGACCAGUUUCAUUGCGCUAAUGGGAAGUGUAUUCCAGAAAGCUGGAAAUGUAAUAAUAUGGAUGAAUGUGGAGACAAUUCAGAUGAAGAAAUCUGUGCCAAAGCGAAUCCUCCAACAGCUUCUUCCUUUCAACCUUGUGCUUACAACCAGUUCCAGUGUCUGUCUCGCCUCACCAAGCUUUACACUUGCCUUCCAGAAUCUUUAAAAUGUGAUGGCAACAUCGAUUGUCUUGACCUGGGAGAUGAAAUAGACUGCAGCGUGCCAACCUGUGGGCAGUUGUUAAAAUACUUCUACGGUACUUUCAGUUCUCCCAAUUAUCCUGACUUUUAUCCACCCGGAAGCAACUGCACGUGGCUAAUAGACACUGGCGACCAUCGCAAAGUAAUUUUGCGAUUUACUGAUUUUAAACUCGAUGGUACUGGUUAUGGAGACUAUGUCAAAAUCUACGAUGGGUUAGAGGAGAAUCCGCGGAGGCUUCUACGUGUGCUGACAGCGUUUGACUCUCACGCUCCCCUCACGGUUGUUUCAUCCUCGGGACAGAUAAGAGUGCAUUUCUGUGCUGACAAAGUGAACGCCGCGAGGGGAUUCAACGCCACCUAUCAAGUCGAUGGCUUUUGUUUGCCCUGGGAAAUCCCGUGUGGUGGGAACUGGGGUUGCUACACAGAGCAGCAGCGCUGCGACGGCUACUGGCACUGUCCGAACGGGAGGGAUGAAGCCAACUGCACCAUGUGCCAAAGGGACGAGUUUCCCUGUUCUCGAAAUGGUGUUUGCUACCCUCGCUCAGACCGCUGCAACUACCAGAACCACUGCCCAAACGGCUCCGACGAAAAGAAUUGUUUCUUCUGCCAGCCGGGAAAUUUUCACUGUAAAAACAACCGCUGUGUGUUUGAGAGCUGGGUUUGUGAUUCCCAAGAUGACUGUGGCGAUGGCAGCGACGAGGAGAAUUGCCCGGUCAUUGUGCCCACUAGAGUCAUAACUGCGGCUGUCAUAGGGAGCCUCAUUUGUGGAUUGCUGCUUGUCAUUGCCCUGGGAUGUACCUGCAAGUUGUACUCGCUCCGCAUGUUUGAGCGAAGAUCAUUUGAAACCCAUUUGUCGAGAGUUGAGGCUGAACUGUUAAGAAGAGAAGCUCCCCCAUCUUAUGGACAGUUAAUUGCCCAGGGUUUAAUACCACCAGUUGAAGAUUUUCCUGUUUGUUCACCAAACCAGGCUUCAGUUCUGGAAAACCUGAGACUUGCAGUGCGAUCUCAGCUUGGAUUUACCUCAAUCAGACUUCCCAUUGCUGGCAGAUCAAGUAACAUUUGGAAUCGCAUUUUUAACUUCGCAAGGUCACGUCAUUCUGGAUCACUGGCCUUGGUCUCGUCAGAUGGAGAUGAUGUUGCUGGCCAAAGUAGCGGCAGAGAAGCUGAAAGAAAUAAUACUCACAGAAGCCUAUUUUCAGUUGAAUCCGAUGACACGGACACAGAAAACGAAAGAAGAGACACAGCGGGAGCAGUUGGUGGAGUCGCCGCCUCUUUGCCUCAGAAAGUGCCCCCUGCGUCCGCAAUAGAAGCGCCGGUGGGAGCGUGCGGGAGCUCCUCGGCGCCGAGCGGCGGCGCGGAGAACGGCAGAGAAGCGCCCGGCGCGGAGCCGCCGAGCGCCAGCCCGGCCCGGCACCAGCUCAGCAGCGCGCUCAGUCGCAUGACUCAAGGCCUGCGCUGGGUGCGCUUCACCCUCGGCAGGGCGAGCGCAGCGAGUCAGAACCAAAGUCCUUUGAGACAGCUCGAUAACGGGGCAGGCGGAAGAGAAGAGGACGACGACGUCGAAAUGCUAAUUCCAGUCUCUGAUGUAGCAUCAGACUUUGACAUGAACGACUGUUCGAGACCUCUGCUUGAUCUCGGCUCAGAUCAAGGAGCCCUCGGCUUGAUCUCGGCUCAGAUCAAGGACCGGGGCCCAGGCAGCCCCACGGCGCGGCGCCGCGCGGCCGCGACGGCCCCUGCGAGCGCUGCGGCAUCGUGCACACCGCCCGCGUCCCCGACACCUGCCUGGAGGCGGCCGCCAAGAGCGAGACGAGCGACGACGAGGCCUUGCUACUCUGCUAGGUACGGAGCGCCCAGGGAGGGUCGGGUACAAGUUGGAGCGAUGUCUGUCAUUGUUUUGUACUUCACAGUGAAAACUCGGUUUUAG